UUUCUUUACAGAAAUUAAAGGUAAAGCCGUGUGCUUAAUGUGUGGUACACAGGUUGCUGUGUUUAAAGAAUAUCAUUUGAAUCGCCACUACACGACGAAGCACGAGGAAAAAUACCGGAAUCUGUCUGAUGAAGCGCGCGCAAGGGAGGCUGAUGCGUUGAUGGUAAAACUGCAAACCCAACAAGGACUUUUUGCCAAAUUUCACACCCCCAGAGAUGCAGCUGUCAGGACAAGUUUCGUCAUUUCUCACAAAAUCGCCAGAAAAAGUAAGGCGUUUUCUGACGGAGAGUUUAUUAAGGAGUGCUUAUUGGACUCUGUUGCGCUGAUAUGCCCGGAGAAGAGGGGCGCAUUUGAGAACGUGUCACUCUCCCGACGCACUGUAACGAGGCGGGUCGAGACCAUCGCUGGAAACUUGGAGCUUCAGCUGAAGAACAGAACGGCCGACUUUGACUGUUUUUCGCUGGCUUUGGAUGAGAGCUGCGAUGUACGUGACACCGCCCAGCUGCUCAUCUUCUUACGUGGGAUAACUGCAGACUUUCAAAUCACGGAGGAGCUGGCAGCCAUGCAGUCAAUUAAAGAGACAACCACAGGUAAUGACUUGUUCACAUAGGUAAAUGCGUGUUUGGACAUGUUAGGACUGAAACG